AUGCAGACCAUUGCAAAAAAUGCCCAGAAAAUCAGCAUCCAAACAUGAACCGAGAUCAAUGUGUGUUCAAGAAUAUCACCUUCCUAGCCUAUGAAGAAUCUCUGGGGGUUGUCCUACUUUCCCUUGCCCUACUGGGGUCCUUAGCCACAAGCUUUGUUUUAGGAAUCUUUAUUAAAUACAACGAAACUCCCAUAGUCAAAGCCAACAACCGGGACCUCUCCUACAUCCUCCUCGUCUCCCUCCUGCUUUCAUUUUUGUCCUCCUUCCUGUUCAUUGGGAGGCCAAGGAAAGGGACCUGCCUUCUCCGACAAACAGCCUUCAGCAUCAUCUUCUCUGUUGCUGUUUCUUCUGUGUUGGCAAAAACCAUCACUGUGGUUCUGGCCUUCCUGGCCACCAAGCCAGGGAACUCAGUGAGGAGAUGGCUGGGGAAGAGUCUGGCCAACUCCAUUGUCAUUUCCUGUUCCUGUGUCCAAGUUGUCAUCUGCAUGAUCUGGCUGGGGAUCUCGCCACCAUUCCCAGACUCUGACAUGCACUCCCAGCCUGGGGAGAUCAUCCUGCAAUGCAACGAAGGGUCUGUGGCCAUGUUCUAUGGUGCCCUGGGCUACAUGGGCUUCCUGGCUGCCAUCUGCUUCACGGUGGCUUUCCUAGCCAGGAAGCUGCCUGGGGCCUUCAAUGAAGCCAAGCUGAUCACCUUCAGCAUGCUGGUCUUCUGCAGUGUUUGGGUGUCCUUUGUGCCCACCUACCUGAGCACCAAAGGGAAAUUCAUGGUAGCUGUUCAGGUUUUCUCCAUCUUGGCCUCCAGUGCUGGGCUCCUGGGCUGCAUCUUCCUUCCCAAAUGCUACAUUAUUUUGCUGAGACCUGAUCUGAACACAAAGGA